CGAUGAGGCACCCAAAAACUUGACCAAAAAAAAAAAAAUUGCUUACUUUGACCUCUUUACAACCGACAAAGAACUGGUUUUCGUUUGCUCUUUUUUCCCUUUUUUUCUUUUUUCUUACUGGUACUUCUUCCACCGACCUUUUUUUUUCUUUUUUUACCUCUUUUUAUUCUCCGUUCCCUGUGUGUGUGUGUGUGUGUGUGUGUGUGCGUGUGUGCGAAAAAAAAUAACUUGUUACAAGAAUGGACUUAGUACACAAGCCGUCUCAAGACGACAUUGGCCGUACUGAUCCAUGCGUGGAUACUGCUGAUCCGACAUCAACCCUACACAGUCCAGCAAGUACCAAUAUACCGAAAUCAAGAGAAGAUCUUGUUCGUGAGGAUUCUGUUGACCAGGAACCGUCCAAGGAAACCAGUAGCGAAUCGAAAGUGAUGGAAGGAAAAUCACCUCUGAACAAACCUAAAUCGAUGGGCCACCGCCGACAAGCAUCCAUCGGUCUAGGGAUUAUUACCAACCUCGGUUCGACCAAUAAACGAUCAGAGACCGAUGCACCAUUAUCACCUCUAACAAAGAAUGAUGCCUUUUUCCACGCGUCUACCAUCCCUACCCCACGACCACCCUCGCUCUUGUCACGCAGUCAAUCCAGAACAAAGAAAGACCGUCCUGAAAGAGAGGAAGACACUCGGCAAACCUAUGCCAGUCGUAUACGAAACUUGACCCUGCUUGGUAAAACCACCGCGGAUGGACCUGCUCCUUCACCGAUUCCCAAUUAUCUGAAUGCGACCGCUCGUUCUCCUACCAUGACCAACCCAGUUGAACCAUCCUCAUACGACGAAAUAUCCUCCACGGCUGUGGGUCGUCACACGCGCUCCUAUACAGACGAUGAGAUUAUGCCACUACCCAGUCCCUGUCCUGCUGGGGCGUCCACGUCCACUCAUUCCAUUUCCACACCUUACUACAUUUUUCCAAAAGGGAACACCACCGCUUCAUUGUCCUCCCCUCCUUUCCCAGUGACGCCGGAUGAACAUGAACCUUCACCGACUCCUUCCAGUAGUAUACCCAUCCUUGCUAUUUCACCCUCAUUUUAUCCUCACAAAACGAACAAAAUUCCGUCUCUUUCCGAAGUUCCGAUGUUGGGGGAUGAGGAUGACCCAACAUAUGAUCAUCGGAAACACGCCUUCGAUAUACCGAUGGUACGGGAACACAAUUUCCGGUCCUCCUCCCCACUUCGUUACAAUGAAGAAGAUCUGAUUGGCAAACAAAUUGGCUCCUUUCACAUUCAACGACUACUGGGCGUAGGCGCUUUUUCCAAAGUGUAUCUUGCCGAACACAUCCAAGAAGGCGGCAAGUACGCUAUCAAAACCAUCCACAAAGGUCGCAUUCUACGUCACCCACGCGUUCAAUCCAGUAUCGAACGAGAAAUUGGUGUAUUAAAGUUCAUUGAUCAUCCCAACAUUGUUCGGCUCGAAGCGACGAUGGAGACAGAACAUAUGUUGUGUAUUGUAUUGGAGUAUGCAAAAGGGGGCGAAUUGUUCGAUUUCGUCCAAAACAUGCAUCAUGAUUUGCACAAGACCCAUCGCAAAGUGGAUGAAACAUUGGUGAAGCGCAUAUUUCUGCAACUGGUGAAAGUGGUACAAUGGAUGCAUCGUCACAACAUUGUUCAUCGGGACCUGAAACUUGAAAAUAUUCUUAUUCACAUGGAAAAUGACCAACCACAUCUCAAAGUGACCGAUUUUGGAUUGGCGCGGGUAGUCGAUCCGGCAUCGCCCAUGUUACAAACGCGAUGCGGUAGUGAAGAAUAUGCCGCACCGGAAAUUGUGCAAAAUCUGGGGUACGAUGGCCGUUUAACGGAUACAUGGGCGUUGGGGAUUAUACUGUAUGCUUUGCUGGUUGGGUAUUUACCUUUUCGGUAUAAUCCCAAUCGAGGCGAGCGCGUGUCGCAGUUGUUUUAUCGCAUUGUGAGAGCGGACGUGAAAUGGCCAUCUGAGUGGACCAAGAAUCCUUCCUUGGCGCCAAGCGAACAAGCUAGACAUGUUGUCGAGCAAUUACUUAUACCGAAGCCCCAAAAGCGACUUCGCAUUGACGACAUCGAAGCUCAGCCUUGGUGUAGUCAAUCUUAAAUAACCAUGUCAUGACUUCUUAUUCUUCAUUCUUUUUCUAGUAAUGGCAAUUUACCAAAAAAUACUCAUAGUUAACAGCUUAUCUUCUUUUGUACAUUUUUGUUUUUUUCUGUCCAGUAAUAAAACUAAGGCCUAUACGUGCCCCCGAGAUUGCCUCUUGGUCGGCAUCGAAUCAUAA